AUGGGGUGGGGCGGAAAGGGGAAGGGGUACUGGCACCACCAUCACCAUCCCCAUCAUCAUCACGGUAUCGGUGGUGCAGUGGCAGAGGUUGCUUUGAUCGGAGGAGCCGCAGUUGCUGGAGCUGCCGUCGCAACCGCUGUUGCUGGCUCGCGAAAGCCGCCCCCUCGCACAGAAGUGGUUGUGGUUCCUAAUGCUGUGCCGUCUGGGGCCGUGUUGGUGGAAGCCCCACCCAGGCCCGCGCCUGUGGCACCCGUUGUUGGCGUCCUUGCCGGCGGUGCAGUAGGUGCCGCUGCCUGUGGACCUCCCGGUGCACUCGUAGGCGCGGCCGUCGGUGCAGCAGCGACCUCGCCCCCUGGCCCGAAGGGCAAAGGGAAGGGCAAGUGGAAGGGGCCUCCCGUCACGGUGGCCCCGAUGCCUCCCUUGGCAGUGUCAGCCAUCGGCAUCCCGGCGGCGGGCAUCGAGCAGAAGAGCGGGGUGACAUACUUCGGAGUCGAGGUCAUGCCGGAGACUGGUGCCACCUACCGUCUUCAAAAGAGGUACAAUGAGUUCGAUGCCUUGAAGGAUAGACUGGCAAGGAUUGCGCCGGCAUCGACGAUUGAUCGUGGCUUCCCCCCGAAACAUCUGUUCAGCUGCGAGGGUGCCAAACUGGAAGAGCGACGGCACGGCCUGGAGCAAUGGCUCAAGGGCGCCCUGAACCAUCCCAACGGCCGAGGUGCCUGGUGCUUGGAGCUGCGGGACUUUCUGGAGGUUGGACAGAUACACACGCUCGCACCCGGAAUGGUAGCAGAGAGUCCUGCAGUGUCGGCGCCGCCUGCACCAGAGGGACAGGCAUUGAAGAUCCUCGUGCCAGACGGUGUGGUGGCUGGACAGGUCCUAGCAGUCACAGUCCCUGAUGGAAGACAGCUGAACUUCACGGUCCCUGCCGGCUUUCCACCCGGAUCCGAGCUCGAGCUUUGGUUCGAUCCUGCCGCAGGCAGUCUGAGCCCCCUCGUCUAG